UGAACCAAAUGAUGAUUAUAAUGUUGACGGAGAAGCAUUUGAAGGGGGAUUUUUAAAAUGGGGAUUCGAAUUAGACAACAAAUCAGUCAAACUUACUGUAAUAGAUUAUAAUCCUAGAAAGAAACAAUGGAAUCCAGAUGAUAAAAAAAAGAGUCUGGAUAUUCUUCCAUCAUUUUAUCCUAGUGGAAAAAAUUUUAUACUACGUUGUGGAGUUCUUGAAAAUGAUGAUUUCAUUACGGUUACACGUAUUGGUGUAUUUAUCUGGACUUAUAAAACUUCUGAAAUUAAAAUGCAUUAUUAUUGGAAUUAUUGGAAUUAUCGUUUAGAGCAGUUCGAAUUUGAAAUGACAAAAUUUAAAAAAUUUUUUGAUGACUGGACUUUAGGAAGAAUUCUUCCUGCUUCAAGUUAUGAAACAAUCUAUAGAAAUUUAGAUGUUAAAUUCGGCAAAGAAGAAAUACAGCUUUUUAAAAAGUUUUUGGAAGAUAAUAUCGUCGAUGAAUUUUAUUUAACUUGCUACGGAAAAAUUCUCAUGGAAACAUUUAUUGAAUUAAAGGAUGAUCAAUGGAUUAGAUCUUUAGGCGGCAGCUGUAUCGAUAAAUAUAUACAAGAAGAUAACCAUUUGAUGUCUAAAAUUUCUUUAUUGAGUAUAAUUUUUGAAAAUUUUGAUGAAUUAUCAGAUAAUCAUCCUGCCUUUAUAGCAAGUACUUUAGCCAUGAUAGGAUUUGUAGUUCCUUCAAAUGAAGUAAUUACACACUCCACAUCUUCACAUAUUUCUGGCUAUGGAACAUACUGUCAUUUAUCUAAAACAUCGUUUAUUGAUAUAUUUAUAUCUAAUCUUUGGGUUCUUUGGAGUAGUUUUCAAAAAAGGUUUCAAAUUUGGUUUAAAAAUUUUCAAGAAAAGCAUACUUUUUUUCGAGAUUUCAUUAUAAAACCAAUUAUCAUGAGAAUUAUAAAACCAAUUAUCAUGAGAAUUAUAAAACCAAUUAUCAAUUUUUAUUCUGUGAGCUAUAGUACAACUAUACUUGCAGUUCCUCUACCAAACUUCGUUUCUUAUCCAAAAGAUUAUGAAUUUUGGAAAGAACUAUUGUUACCAAGAUUUAUUUUAGUUGCAUUUGCACACUCAUUACACAUUUUAUUACGUCCUGCUCAUGAUGUGUCCUUAGAAUCUCCAAGCUAUUCCACUGAUCCGAAUGAUCCGUGGAAUUUGGCUACACAUUAUAACGCUAUAGAGUCUAAUGGUACAAUUGAAGAAAAUGCUGCACUUAUUGAUCCUCCUACUACGACCACCAAUAUGUUUAUGAUGAUGAGCACAGCAAUAUCUGCCGUUUACAUUAUGCUAACAGGAGACUCAACACCAAUUUCUAACUGGGAUUUAGAUAGUAACCCCGCUUUACUUAUUUUAACAAUAUUAUUUUCUUUUGGGGCAACUAUUUACUUAAUGAAUUUGUUUAUCGGUGUGCUUGGUAAUGAAAUAAGUGAAACUCAAACAUGGGAGUCUUUUUAUGAAUGCCACACAAUUAAACUACGCGAGCAUAUAAUUGAUAUCCAAAAUAACAAAUGGUCAGGCUAUAAAAAGCCUUUCUUUUCAAAGGCUCUUAAUGAAGUUCUUUCACUCCCUGAAGAAGAACCCACUCUUACAGAAGUUGAGAAGUCUAUUGAAAAGAAAAUUGAGAAAACUAUAAAAGAACUGAAAGAACUGAAAGAUUCAGAAACUUUAAGGCUUACCGAACUCGCGCUUGAGUUGUUCUAA